AUGACGCAAAAUCCCGGGCGCGCCGUCGCCACCCUGUUGCUGCCCGGUCUGACGGGCUUUUUCAGCCUCUACCCAACUAGCACCGCGUCCGCGUGUACCCCCUCUCUCCUCCGACUCCGCCACACACCCUGUCGCUCUUCUCCCGUCCUCCCCCCCCCCACCAGUCCCAACACGCCCGUUGCUCCUGGUAUCAUCAUGGCCGAAUUCGUCAACCCCAAGAUCGAGAACAACGCCUCCGGCUGGGGCCCCUCCGUCGUUACUGAUGACCAGAUCGACGUGCCCUUCGUCUCCUUCACCAAGUCGCACCGCGUCUUCCGCGCCUCCGACUGGAUCACCGGCUCCCGCCCCCGCUUCGAGCCCAACCAGCGCAUGACCAACGCCACUGUUGUCAACAGCGCCUUCUUCUUCGCGCCCCAGGAGGACGAGUCCACCUUCAACGUCGUCCCCUCCAGCCGUCCUCAGCCCAACACCCGCCCGUCCAACCGUGGCGGUCGCAACAACCUCCAGCGCGGGAACAACCAGAGCCGUGGCAACCGUCCCACCGGCGGCCGCGGUGGUCGCUCUGGCCGCGGUCGCGGCGGCCGUCUCGGCUCCUUCGGCGACCGUUCUCACCGCACUCGUGAGCCUGCCAUCCCCGUCGACGACAGCUUCCGCCCGGUCACGACCUUCGAGUUCUCUCAGCUCGCUGGUCUCGAGAUGGAGAUCCCCGAGGUUACCGAGAUCACCUCUGCUGGUACCAUCAAGCAGUACGUCAGCGCCCAGGAUGGUGUUACCACCAAGAAGGCCAAGGCCCUGCGCAAUGUCGACGUCGACAUCCCCAAUGUCAUGGCCAGCUCCGAUGCCAUCAUCAAGGAGCUCGCCGCCUCCACCAAGCACAAGGUCUUCACCACCUCCUCGGUCCUGGCUCUGCUCAUGUCCACCCCCCGCUCGGUUUACUCUUGGGACCUGGUUAUCCGCCGUCAGGGUGGCAAGAUCUUCAUCGACAAGCGCGAUGGUUCCGCUGCCGACUUCUACACCGUUUGCGAGAGCGCCGACAUGAGCCUCGAGGACCGCGAGGGCGUCAACUCGCCCGCCAGCCUGUCGAUGGAGGCCACCCGCCUGAACGCCAGCUUCCCCCAGCUGUCGGUUACCGACAAGGCCGUCGAGACCUUCGACCGCCCGUACCCCUUCCAUCUGGAUGACCCCACCACCUCGGCCGGUCUCCUGUACCGCUCCGUCCCUCUGGGCAACUACUCGAUGGUCGUGCGCUCGGACGUCGAUGCCUUCGUGCCCACUUCCUCCGGCAAGUCCCUGAUCAACAUCCGUGCUCUCAAUGAGACCGAGGGCCGUGGCUCCAUCAACUGGCGCAGCCGUCUGGACGCCCAGCGCGGUGCGGUCAUGGCUGUGGAGCUGAAGUUCAACGCGCACAAGCUCGCUCGCUGGGCUUCCGAGGCGCACCUGGCCGGCUCGGACCUGCUGAAGAUCGGUUUCGUUUCUCGCACGGCCCCUCGUGACCCCUCGCGCCACACCCUGCUCGGCACCCUUUCUAUCAGCCCCGAGAGCCUGGCUUCUCAGGUGAACCUGAAGCUGGAGAACUCCUGGGCCAUUGUCAAGGCUGUCUGCGAUGCGGUCAUGGCCCAGCCCGAUGGCGAGUACCUGCUCAUGCGCGAGCCCAACAAGCCCGCCCUCGGCCUGUACACCUUCCCGGAGGACUACUUCGUGGCCGACGAGGAGUCUGAUGAGGAGUUCUAAGUACAUGCGCGUUUUUUCGCCCCCCCCCCCCCUCCCCCCC